AUGCUGCGCCCUCCGUGGUGUGAUGUGCCGCCAUGUGCGAGGCCACUCCCCGCCAUGUGCGCGGCCACUCCCCGCCAUGUGCGCGGCCACUCCCCGCCAUGUGCGAGGCCACUCCCCGCCAUGGCUCACUGCGCCUCGCUGCUUGUUCCCCUCCACCUCUGUUACCCCUCUCCAACGUGGGAAUCCGCUUCUGCAACCUCACCCGCGCCCACCUCCCGCAUCCCCCGUUGCGCCCGUCCCCCGCCAGACGCAUCUCGCGCCGUGCAGUCGGCGUUGGCGGACGGCCUCACGCGCAUCGAAGUCGACUUCCCCCCACUGCCGAGUGGAAAGGCCGGCUACGAGGGGUCAUCGGAGGAGUACAUAGAGGCCAACAUCCAGCUCGCCCUCGCUCUCGUGCGCAGGCUGCACGGCGCCACCGCCACCACCGCCAAGAUCGUGCUUCCCGACGGGCCCGAGAAGCGCCGCUGCUCCCGCCGCUUCAAAGCUGCUCUGGACAUGACGGACGGGGUGUCGCUGGGGUGUUUGGAGGACGACCCCGUGGCAGCACCGGGGCAGGCGGGCGCGCCGCAACCAGGCAGCGCGGGGGGGGGCGGAGGGGGCGGCUUCUUCUCGGCGCUGAAGAACGCGCUGGACCUUGACUUCGGGGGGCAGGAGACCGGCGAGUGGGCGGCAGCAACGCCGUCGGAUCUGUACAUCAUCGCCAACGCCAGCUGCCAGGAGCUGCCCGCCGUUCAGGCCUACCUCGAGAAGCUCCCCCCCGCCACACCGGUGCUGCUCUUCAACCUGGAGCUCGACACGCUCAGGGCGGACCUGGGGCUGCUGGGCUUCCCCCCCAAGGACCUGCACUACCGCUUCCUCUCCACCUUCCGCCCCGUCUUCUACCUGCGCCCGCGCGACUACUCUAAGAGUGUGGCCGUGUCGCCAUUCAUCCUCAACUACAGCGGGGCGCUCUUCAGAAUGUACCCAGCGCCAUGGCAGGUGAUGGUGAAGCAGGAGGGCACGGGGUCGUACGUCUGUGUGGCGGAGGGGCCACAGCGCUUCCAACUCGGACAGGUGAAGGAGGAGCUGCAGCGUGCGCUGGGGCUGGGCGAGGAGGACGGCUCCACCAUGCAGUUCCUGCGCCGCGGCUACAAGACCAACACGUGGUGGGAAGAGCAGUCAGAGCAAGAGCAGUCAACGGAAUGGAGAAGCUGA